AUCAGCUUCUAAAGUGCCGUUCAAACACUUCACGGUAAAUUUUGAAGGCCAUGUCAUACUCAUACUCAUACUAUCAUAGUCAGUCUUAGCGCCAUGUAAAUGCGAAAUUAACAAUCAGACGGAGGCAUUUUUCUUAUAAAUAUAAGUUGACCGCGAACCAAUCUGGGCCGUGCGGAAAUCUUAGAUUCGAUUGUCACAGACGCCGCCUUUUUUCUGUAUGAAAUAGACUAUAAUUAUAAGGAUUCUGGACUUACUUGGCGAUCACAUGCGAUUCUUGGUCAACAUGAAUGGACCGUGGCCGAACCUGAGAGGUCACGAGCUGUAGUACUAGCAGAGUACUGACGCAUUGUUUCGCUGCAGGCUUGAAGCUUGGUCGUCAGAACGCCAAAUAUAUCAAAAGAGGAAGCUCCCGGCCGUGCUAUGCUCCAUGGCUAUAUUGACCUAAAGACCCUGCACACAUCACGAUUGAAGAUUUGAUUAUUCACAAGGAUGCCAAAGAAACUGCAGGGCAACAUGAUAAGCAUCAAGAGGCUUCGAAGUCUGGAACACCUAACAUUGGAUGAGAUAGAGAGACUGCCAGAUAAACAUCUUGUUGAAGUAUUUGCCCAUGUAAACUCUGAUGAACUAAACCAGAAAUAUACCUUCCAGUGCAUGUUGAUGCCUCAUCACUGCCAGACAAAAUACACAAGCUUUAGAAAUGAGGGACGAGGGAAAAUGCAGAUGCAGGCUCAUUUAAUGCUCCAUAUUCAAGAUCUGCAACGGCAGGCUAAAGCUGAAGGAAAGCAUUUCACCUUUACAGCAGAAUCAGUAAUUGCAAAGAAGAAAAAGGAAGAAGCCAAGGCAGCAGCAAGGAAGAGGCUGAGGAAAGAUUUGGUACCAAAGUCCGUGGCUGCUAGGAGUUACCCAUCACCGAAACCCAAAAUAGAUCAUUACAGUGAAAGUGACUCUUCAGAACCUGCAGAGGAGAAUCAGCUUACAACUGUCACUUCACAAAAGCAAGCACUACUGAAGAACAGAAGGGCAUUCAUUCAUAAGAAAAAAUCAUCGGCACUUUAUGCAACGUCACCUACGACAGCUGCUCGGGGGUCAAUACCAGAGGAUAACGACGAAAGUGUAGUGAUGACCAGUUGUAAGAAUGGCAGAUUUGUAUCGAGACUGAUGAGAAGCGGAAGCAGUGGGCGCUCGAACGUAGUAAAGUGCCCUGAGUCAGUUUCGAAGAACCUGCGUGCCUGCUCGGUGUAUCUUGGUAAGGCCAUCAAGACAGAGUCAACCAUGGAAGAGUCGGAGGAUGACAGGUGGCAUGAAAGUGCAAAAUCCAGGGUGCCGAAGAUAGAGCAACUCUCUUCGGAAGAGGAAUGUGAUUCUACAGAGGAGGCUGAGAAAAACCACGCCCUGCGAGCAGAGGAGAAGCGUCUGCGGCGUGAACAGAUGAGAAAAGAACUCAACCCAGAUAGCGAUGUGGGAGAAGAAAGCGGGGAUAUUUCAAACUCUUCACACCCCUUGCACGACCACUGCUACACCACCACCGGCGGUCCCAAGUAUGACAUAUCGAGCGAUUCGGAGGUGGAUAUCGAGACAUGUGAAGAUGAGCGUAAUGAUAGGGAGUGCCCACUACCUAAUCCAGUACACGGAAUCCGGCUUGAUGGCUUGCAUUAUGCACCAGGUUCCCUCAGAAGACGAGCAUUCCCUAACACGAAAAAACAUGCCGGUUUGCUUACGUCGGUGCCACCUCGCCGGCCACAAGCUACGUUUGAACAACUUGGAAUCGAUCCAAAGGAAAUGGACAAUCUGAGCACUGAUGAUACUGAUGAUGAUGCUGAGGCUGAAGGCAAAGAAUCACAUAAAAAAAGAAAACCAGGACGUCCCCUGAAGGGAACCUCUGAAUGGGAAAGGAGAGUGUCGCUGAAAGCAAUAAGAAAGAUAAGGCUUUAUAAAAAUAGGGGUGAAAAGUAUCCUCUAACCUGCAAGAUCUGCAAGACAAGAAAUUUCACUGCUUUGGCCACACUAACGUACCACUAUCGCAGCCAUGCUGGAAUCAAGCCUUUUGUCUGCACCGUCUGUGGGACAACGUUCACUCGACAGCAUAGUCUCAACUACCAUAUGCUCAUUCACAACAAUGAGAGUCGGUUUGCAUGUCCUGAGUGUGACCGAACGUUUCGCCACCCAAGUCACUUCAAGGAACACCUACGCAAACACACAGGCGAGACGCCGUUCCAGUGCGUACUGUGUCACCUGUGCUUCAAGACUCGCAACUCCUACAAGCGGCACCUACGCACGCGUCACGAAAAAAAUCUCACUAGUACUGGUGUGGAGGACAUUGACGUCGGGGAAUUGGAGCGCUACAAAGCCUACUCACAUGUUGCAAAGACUGGUGGCAAGAUUACUGUAGUGCCAGUACCAUCAAAGAUGGUAUACUGUAUGGAUGACAGUUCGAAGGAAUCCGAGAAAGACCUCAGGUUUGGUGUUCCAGUUGACACUGACACUGCCUAAACUCCCUUGUGGUCAGAAUGUCCUGGUCAGUAUGGUGGUCAUGGUUGGCAUUGCAAUGCUCUACAAUUGAAGCAUUUCUUUGGAAGAGGAAAGUACAGCUACUCUGCCUUGGUGAACAAAAUCGUGUGGUAUGAGUUGAAUUUUGAUAGUUGGAUCUAUGAAAUAUCAAGAGCUAAUAAAUAGUAUUUAUUAGCUUUUGGUAAUAUGGAUGAUCAUGUAGGAAUUAUACCCGUAGCCAAGCCUGCCGACCUUUGACUGGCUCAACUACUCAGGCUAAGAAACAAGGCGUUUUUAUUAAAAACGUACCCUGUAUACAUUUUUAGAUUGUAAUUGAUGAUGCAUUAAAAAACAAUUUAAUUUACCCAAACUAACAUGUGUGGGCAUAGGAUGUCAACGAACCUUUCUGACCAUUUCAUAAAGUUUAGUCGGGCAUUAUAAAAAAUGAAACUUACAGAUACUUAUGAGCAUUGCCGGCCUUAGCAAUUGUGGGGCCCAAUUUGACCAACUUGUGGACCAUUUUGGUUGGGCCUGCUGGACUGUAGAUUACUUUAAAUGGUGUAUCAGGAAUAUAUGCUAUUACUUUUUUAACUAUAUUAUUAUAUUUUGACAUAAAACUUUGUGGAAACAAAUGUGCUUAUCAAGAAAGCUUUCAUUCUCUUCUGGAAACUUAAAAUGUCAUCAAAGUUCGAGCUUUUUUUUCCAUCACAUUCUAUGGAUAAGAUUUCGAGGCGGCCGAGUCUACCUUGAAGCAUGUAUGACCUUAAAGAAGAUUUGAUGAAUUUUAAUUUGAACAUUUUCUGUCCUCUGACACUACAGAGUGGUUUUGACAAAAAUGUGCACAGAGCAAAGAAAUUUAGAAUUCUGUUAGCUCUCACAUUCAAAGCAAGGAAUUUCAAGAUUUUCAAACAUUGUCUGAAGUAUGGCGAAAGAAGAUUUGGCUUCAGAGCUUCCAGCUAGCUCCUCCACCAGCUUACGGCCAUAUAAAGCUGCUAACUUUCGAGACUUGACUUGUGUUCAUUUUCCUGGGUGAGCUUGACAUUUGUUAGCAAAGUUUCCAAAUCUUUAGCAAUUCCUCCUUUCAUACAGUCGCAUUGGAGUGACUUCUCCAUGUUGCAGGCAUGUACAAAAUAUAUGGAGAUUCUGCGUUUCCUAGUCAUCUGAAUUCCCCUCUCAUCCUCGCAGGUGUGUCCCAAGCAGAGCAAUACGUUUGGCAUGAUCAUGGCUGCAGGAGCUAGCUGCCAGUAGAAUGUCGACACCGACAUUCAGCUGCCUUUGAGGCUCUGCUCUGAAUUUUCUCUCUGGUUUUACUUUCUCGGGACGAUAUUCCACAAGGCACUGGAAUAGUUGAGAACUAGAGUUUGAUAGCUUUGGAUAAUUCACUGCCCUGUGCAAGUUUUGAACUUGCAGCUUUGACUGUAAAGUGAGAACUACACAUUGUACGGUACAUUGUUGGUAGUCUAGCUAGCAAGAAGUGAAGUACUGCAUGCAGGGUGGCACCUAAGCAAUGUGAUAUUACGCAUCGCACAGGGUUGGUUAAACCUAAUUAGUCAGCGCUCAGUCCAAGCAGAUUACAGUCAUGGUUGCUAAAACUAGUCAUGUGCAUGACUACUCCUUGCCUGCAUUUCUAGCCCUGGACUUAUCAUUGAUCUGCUUUUUGCACCUCAAAAGAAUAGUUGGUUUGAAGCCAAGGUGUCUAUGGACAUUCAGCUAAUGGGUGCAGGGGCUCCUUGGGCCAAAUAAGAUCAAUUGGCAUGCAUAUGGCUGGCACUGCUUAUAAGUUUGAUACAUAUGAUUAAGUAAUAUCCAUGUCUAUAAUAGAUGGCUCUGUACUAUUCAAUCAAGGGUCCAUAAUAGAAAAAAUAGAUUUUCUAUUAUGGACUCUUGAUUCGAUGAAAGUCAUUCUAUGAUCUGUGAAAAUUUCACUUAAAAUCAGCUUCACUAUUAUUUGGUUUGUUAAGGCUAUUAUCAAGAGCUAAUAAUACAUUGUAUACAAUGUAAUACAAUGUAUUAUUAGCUCUUGCUAUUGCGCAUAAUGAGUCAUUCGAUGCAGCUAAACAACUCAAUGAUAGUGUGUUGAAAUAGUACUUCAGUGUAAGAUAUAAAUAAGCACACCGGGGUGUUUACCAACCAUUUGGCUAUUUUUCAUUAUUUUCCAAUGUUGGCGCCAUUUUCCUCCCAAAGAUGAUGGUACAUCUUCUGUUAUUACCUUCGCCCAACUGAGUUGGAGGAGGUUAUAUGAUCGCUCUUGUGUGUUUGUGUGUUAGUGUGUUAGUGUGUUUGCGCGAUUGAUAUUAG